AUGUCUUCGGAAAUUCUUCUUACGAAGCGAAUUAAUCAAAUCAACCAAGAAUCUCGAAGUUUUAUUCUUAUUGGCGUUGUUAUUGCUAAAAGCGAUCCGAAAUUUUUCGAAUCAACUAACCAUCGUUCCAAUGGCAGCUCCUCCAGUAGUCGUGGUGUAAUGACCCUAACUAUCCGAGACAGUGGUCGAGAUACAAUCAACUGUACUAUUUGGAACUCUAGUCAGAUAAUCGAAUCAUAUGAUAAUUUAUUCCACAUUGGUGAUGUAGUGAACAUUACAAAACCAAAGGUUAUUUUGAAUUGCAUCGAUCGGGCGGAACAAUUUAAUCCCAAAUCUACAUCCGUGUACAGUUUGUCACUCUGUGAAAAUGACGAUAAUAAAAUCAGGCUCCAUGAGGGUUCCGGACUGGACCAAAUCCGAAAACUGAUCUCGGUUCCAACAGUUUUAGCUUCUGACACUUACCUGCUGGCUGACAUUGCGGCAGGAGGUCAAGGUAUCAAUGGCAAGAACGUAAACGUGCUAGUCGCUGUGCGAAGCGUGCGUCCCAAAAAGCAAAUUAUUGUUACCAAAACAGGCAAGCUAAAAUAUUUUAGAGAAGUUAUUGUAAUGGAUACCUCACAUGCCGGCAUGUCUAUCAAGUUUUGGAACAACGAGUACAUCGAACGAAUUGAUAAAUGGAUUCCAUUGACCACAAUUUUGAUGAUAAUGGAUGUUAGGGUAGAAUUUGAUCAGUUCCAUAAGGUCAUCUGUUUGGGGAUGAGUGGAAGAACAAUUAUAACCGAGGAUCCGGCGAUUGAAGAAGCUGACAAACUUCUUAUUUACGUCAUGAAAACAUCUACACAGGAUUCGGAGCUUGCGUAUUCUGCUUUAUCAAGUACAGUGGAUCCAUCUACAAUCACAUCCGUAAUGACAGUUCAACAGAUCGUAGACAGAGCCGAAGGGGAUCUUAAAACUGAAGAAGAUCAGUUUACAGCUCUCUGUUAUGCAUUAAUAACUAAAUUUGAUUUGGAUGGGUGCUCCAGAGUCACCAGCCGCAAAUGUUCAAAUUGUAAAACGCUUCUCCGAAUCUCCGAUUCUAGAUGUCAGAAAGAAGAGUGCCAAAGUACUCCAUAUCAUAUAAGUAUCAAUUUUGAUAUUCCAGUAGAUAUAACGGAUCACACAGGAACAUUAGCCAACUGUCGUCUCAUGAGCCAGGCCGCCGAAAACACCCUCAAUUGUAAGGUGGAAGCGUUUCUCAAGAUGGGAGAUACUUCAAAGGGCAAGCUAAAGUGGCGUUAUCUAUUAGAACGCUGUGCUGUGAAACUAGUAAUAAAAAGGAAAUCGCCCAUUCGAUUUCAAACUCUUUAUAACAUAGUGGACUGCUCCGUGGCUAACCCACAGGAAGUGGGAUCUAAGAUAAAGGUUUAUUGA